CCGGAAUGGGCCAGCCCCGGCCUGGCGGGGCCGAGCCGCAGGCGAGGGCGGCGCGCGGGCCGGGCCUGCCGCGCGGGCGGCCCGGGGGCUGAGGGAGAAGAGGGCGCGGAGGAAGGGGCCGAGCCAAGGCGGUGGGUGGAGCGGCGAGGGGGCGGAGGCUGGGCCGCGGCGGGCGAGCGGAGCGGCGCGCCCGUCCGGAGCUCGGCGGCGGCGGCGCCGGAGGAGGCUGGGGCGGCGGCGCGCCCGGACGAGCGGCCGGAGGUGGCGGACGCGGCGCCGGGGCCCCAUGGGCGGGUGCGUGGGCGCCCAGCACGACUCCUCGGGCAGCCUCAACGAGAACUCGGAGGGCACCGGAGUUGCUUUAGGUCGUAACCAGCCUUUGAAAAAGGAGAAACCCAAAUGGAAAAGCGAUUAUCCGAUGACAGAUGGACAACUGCGCAGCAAGAGGGACGAAUUUUGGGAUACUGCCCCAGCUUUUGAAGGCCGUAAAGAGAUUUGGGAUGCUUUGAAGGCUGCAGCACAUGCUUUUGAGAGCAAUGAUCAUGAACUCGCACAAGCAAUCAUUGAUGGUGCAAACAUAACAUUACCACAUGGUGCUCUUACAGAGUGCUAUGAUGAACUGGGAAACAGAUAUCAGCUUCCGGUCUAUUGCUUGGCACCACCAAUCAACAUGAUAGAGGAAAAGAGUGACAUAGAGACUCUGGAUAUUCCUGAGCCGCCACCCAAUUCUGGAUAUGAAUGUCAGCUCCGUUUGCGCCUUUCCACUGGCAAAGACCUCAAACUUGUGGUCCGCAGCACAGACACAGUAUACCACAUGAAGAGGCGCCUACACGCGGCAGAAGGAGUGGAACCAAGCAGUCAGCGGUGGUUCUUUUCUGGCAGACCUCUCACCGACAAAAUGAAGUUGGAAGAGCUGAAGAUCCCAAAGGACUAUGUUGUACAGGUUAUAAUGAGCCAGCCUUUGCAAAACCCAACACCAGUUGAGAACUGAACUGGUCCUAUGGGCUGGUCCCCACAUCCCUCCUGCUCCUUUUUAUUGUUCUCAUUUCCUACUUUAUGGCGUGAAGUUUAUUUUCACUGCUCUGAAUUCCGUAUGAAUAGAUUUAGUUCUGAGGAAUUACCAGUGAAAAAUUCCAUCUGUGAUGGAGACCAUCAAAAAUAAUUAAUAAAACACAAAGAGCCAGCCUUUGAGACUCAUGUAAUUACAAUUUCUAAUUUGAGAGGCAGUUAAGAAAUAGAUAACCAUUUAUUUUAAAACACCCGACAACAAUGUAAUGGCUGUAUUUAAAUGAUUUGGACUGUAAAUAGAGUGUUGCGCCCAUGAAGAACAGCACCAAGCACCUUGUGAAUACAGAGUUAAAAAUAAAUAGAAAUUCCAGAAAUCAUCAAUAACAGUUAGAAAACGUGAGCUCUUUAAAGUGGAAACUGAGAAGAGCAGUAUUUGAGUUUCGCUUCUAUUCUGGUCUUAAUUCUUUGCUCAGUUAAUAUUUAGCCAUAAAGGAGUAGAGACUGGCAAAUUGUUUCAGUAUUGCUUUGCCCCUCCCCAUAUGUUGAGCUCCUUAUUUACGUUCACACUAAAUUUUGGUGCCUUCCAGCACGUUGGUGGCAGGCACUCUUCUGGAACACUAGGCAAUAAUUUAGUUGGUGGAGUCAGAUCUCUGAUAUUCAACUGAGAGUCAGUUGAAAAGUCUCCUGUCCUCUUGCUGCGUAGAUGUUUUGAAAUGUCUUUAUAACAAAGCUGUUUUCAUACCCAGGCUCAGAAGGUUACUGCUAUGUAAUACCCUCACUGAUCUUCCUACUCUGCAGGAUGGGUGUGGAGAACACCUCCAUUCUGUCUGUGCCUGGGAGAACUGUGCCUGUGUUCAGUCUUUCAGAGAAAAUUUCAACUCCAAAUUCCCUAGAGUGAAAGGUGUACUGGCGUCGCUUAAACGUCAGCCGUGAGGCACACGAUCAGGCGUUGCUUUGUGCUGUCGUGCUUUGCAGCUCACUGCUACCUCUGGCCGGGGAUGGCACUUUUCCUCUCUCGUCUCCCCUAGCCAGGAGGCAAAUUCAGAACCAUCUGCACGUGAGAUUAAAGGACUGAGAGAUCCAGUGGGAUAACUCGAUUCUUCUGUCCGAUGACUGGAAUAAAGCUGCCAAGGAUUGUAUUUGAUUUGGAGCCUUUUCAGAGCUGGUUCUGUAAGUGAGCAGGGGGCUGCCACGUGAUCACUGUCCCCCGAGAGCCCAUGAGCUGGGAAGGUGGGAGCAGGAGGGCGCCUCUGCUGCUCUCAGCUGGGAGAUGAUCACCUCCACACCCAUCCAGAUGUGAAGCACCGUCACUAAUUUUAAUGGCAAAAUGAAGCUGCUGAUUAGUUUAAAUGUAAUAUUUAAAUGGCAUUAAAUUUCUUAUGGGCUGACUAGACAUAAUAUCUGGAAUUGUAACACAUCAUGUUUCUGAGAGCUUUCGCUACUUCCUUUUUUAUGCAGUCAUUUCAAAGAUUGUGGCUACAUUUAAUUUAGGUUUGCUGAUAAUUGAAUCUAAAUUCAAGAGGAGACAGCAGCAUUAAUUCCAAAGGAGUAUUUUUGUACACAGAGGUGGAGGUAUGUGAGGGUUUUUCAAUAUAAUUCCCCUGUCAUCAAAAAGCUUUUUUUUUUAAAUUUGUGUGCCACAUUGAAUAGUGUCUCUCAAAGUUUGUCAACUGGAAAAAAAGUGUUCAAGCCUAUUUUUCUUAAGUAAACUUGGUGAUGUCAUCAAUAAUCUAUGGUUGAUAAAAGGUCUGUUUUGUUUGUUGAGGAUUUGGGCUCUCUUAAGACUUUAUUUUAUUUUAAAGGAACAUAUACUUUGAAUAGCAAUCUUCUGGGCAUGUUUAACUAACCUAGGUGAGAAAACCAUGGUGCUGUUUAAUUGUAAAUAGAUUGAUAUAAGAUUGGACCAAUACUUGAUGUGUAUAAUUUUAGUAUGUAGGGUUUUUGUGCCUUUUUUGAAAAAAAAAGUUCAAUUUU